UUUCUCUGUUCUCUUUCCUCCGUCGCCGCUGCAACGUUUCCGAAGCGAAGGGAACAGCAACGGCUGAGACGACCUUCCUCUUCUGUUCUCUCUCCCUUGGUUCCUCUGUUCUUUGUCGUCUACGUCGGCUUGGGACUCGUUUGCUUCGGAAAAGAGUAUAUACAUUGGGGAUUUCAUCGAAGCUCGGAGGAAGAGGCAGGCGCUGGAUCUGCAUUGAUUGGUAAGGAAUGCUCGUCGCAGCCGCCGUUGAUUAGGGCUUGCGGUCGCAGGUGGAGGACGUAGAAUGCGGCGGCCAGCUGAUGACAAUGGUGACGCCGUCGUUACCACCACCACCACCGGAGCCGGGUGGGAGGAGACGGCGGAGGACGAGGAGAGGCCCCCUGCUCAGCCCAGAGGCGGGCGGAGAGUGACACCCACGGUUGACCAGGCGGAGGAGGCGGCGGCGGUGGAGAAGGUGAUGCCGAACGGAGACCUGUAUACGGGAGGGUUCGCGGGGAGCGCGCCGCACGGGCGAGGGAAGUACCUGUGGGCGGACGGAUGCAUGUACGAGGGGGAUUGGAGGUGGGGGGAGGCCGCCGGGAAGGGCAAGUUCUCGUGGCCCUCCGGCGCUACCUUCGAGGGCGAGUUCCGCUCCGGCCGGAUGGAGGGCUUCGGCACCUUCACCGGGACCGACGGAGACACCUACCGUGGCCAGUGGGUGGCCGACCGCAAGCACGGCUUCGGCAGCAAGUCGUACGCCAACGGCGACUACUAUGAGGGAAUGUGGCGGCGCAACCUCCAGGAGGGCCACGGCCGCUACGUUUGGCGGAACGGCAACCAGUAUGCGGGGGAAUGGCGGGGCGGCGUCAUCAACGGCCGCGGCGCACUCAUCUGGGCCAACGGCAACCGGUACGACGGUCAGUGGGAGAACGGCGUUCCCAGGGGCAGCGGCGUCUUCACUUGGCCCGACUGCAGCUGCUACGUCGGCAGCUGGAGCGGCGGCGAGCCCAUGGCCCUCGACGGAACAUUCUACCCCGCCACCAUCGCCGCCUGCAAGGAGAUCUCCGGCAGGAGAAGCUCCUUCUUUCAGCUGGCCGAUGGAUCAGCACCAACGACGCCGCUGGUCCUAACGUCCAGGAAGCCGUCGUCAGUGGAUGGAGGCUCCACCCGUAGGGGGAGCUCGGUCGCAGAGAAGAGCCUCCCCAGGAUCUGCAUCUGGGAGUCAGACGGCGAGGCUGGGGAUAUCACUUGCGACAUCAUCGACACCCUCGAAGCAUCGGUGCUGUACAAGGACGGGUCGUCAUUCGACCAUGGCAGCGGCACCCUCAUUGGGACGGUGCACCGGCGACGGAGUCCCAGCUGCUUGGUGACACGAGAGGCAAAGAAGCCAGGGCAGACAAUAUCGAAGGGGCACAAGAACUACGAUCUAAUGUUAAACCUUCAAUUAGGCAUUAGAUACUCGAUUGGGAAGCCAGGUUCGAAGCAGCCGCGAGAGCUGAGGCCAGCAGAUUUCGAUCCAAUGGAAAAGUUCUGGACGAGGUUUCCUCCUGAGGGAUCAAAGAUUACUCCUCCGCACCAGUCAGUCGAAUUCCGCUGGAAGGAUUACUGCCCCAUGGUCUUCAGGCACCUGAGGAAGUUGUUUUCAGUGGAUCCGGCAGAGUAUAUGGUGGCUAUUUGUGGAAAUAGCGCUUUGAGGGAGCUGUCUUCACCUGGGAAGAGUGGGAGCUUCUUUUUCCUGACCCAGGAUGAUCGGUUUAUGAUUAAGACAGUAAAGAAAUCUGAAGUGAAGGUACUCAUUAGGAUGUUACGCAGCUAUUAUCGGCACGUAUGCCAGUAUGAGAACUCACUAGUGACGAGAUUCUAUGGCGUGCAUUGUGUGAAAUCUAAUGGAGGGCAAAAGGUCCGUUUCAUCGUUAUGGGUAAUUUGUUCUGCUCUGAGUAUCAUAUACAUAGAAGAUUUGACCUGAAAGGUUCAUCCCAUGGUCGGACAACUGACAAGGUUGAGGGAAAGAUUGAUGAGACAACAACACUCAAGGAUCUCGACCUCAACUUUGUAUUUCGUCUUCAAACAUCAUGGUACAUGGAGCUUCUCGAACAAAUCAAGCUGGACUGUGAGUUCUUAGAAAAAGAGGGGAUUAUGGAUUAUAGUCUCCUGGUGGGAGUUCACUUCUGUGAUGAUAUAUCAGCAUCUAAAAUGUGCCCAUCACCAUUUCUUGCUUUGCCAAAAUUAUAUGACCAGAAGGAAACAUUUAAAUGUGGAGACGUCUGGUCUGACCUAUGCUUCUCAUCAUUAACCUGUCAGGAUAUGGAUCAGAUUCUGGACACAUGGAAGUCGUCGAUUCGCUUGGGAGUGAACUUGCCAGCGAGAGCAGAGCACAUAACGGGUACCGAAUCCGAGCCACCAUUUCUUGUAGGUUGUGAAGGGAUGUCGACACCCACAGGAAGCAGCAAGCUCCAUGAUGUGCUUCUCUACUUCGGGAUAAUCGAUAUCCUCCAAGACUAUGAUAUCACCAAGAAAUUGGAGCAUGCCUACAAAUCAUUGCAGGUUGAUCCCAAUUCCAUCUCGGCAGUGGACCCGAAGCUCUACUCUAGAAGAUUCCAAGAUUUCAUAAGCAGAAUCUUCAUGGAAGACACGUAACAUAAGUUAUCGAUACGAAGGUUGGAAACCACCGAAAACGAGGAAAAUCACCAUAAACUCAAUGGUAAUCAAAUUGUUACACAUAUGUCUAGUUUGGAGCAGCAGUGUGUGUGAUUAUAGAGGCAAUUUUAUGGUUGCUGAAGGUGGUGGGCGAGGCUGAAUUUUGAAGCUCAGCCACAGAGAAGAUUUGUACAUUGUCAUUGGAGUGAGUGAGAGUUGGAUUCCUUUGUUUUCUUCACUUUUCCCCCUUUUUUUUCUCGUUUGUUUCUUAAGAUAGGGAGAGAGAUGAGGAUUCUUUUCCUUACUGAAAAGAAGGAAUCUCCAAGCAAGCUUCUGUUAGGGGCAUGGAACAAGGCAUGCCUGUACAGGUGGGUGUUGAUGUUGAUGAUGUGCAUGAGAAGAUGUAGGCAAAGGAUUUAGAUAUUAAAUUGC